CCAAUCCGUUUGCUAAAACCAUUAACCCACCGGCCCCUAUCAUCUCUAACAACGCCUCCACACCCAGCCAGCCCAAUAUCACCAUUAAAAGCCCCAUCCUUGUUGAGUUUCUUCCAGCCCUGCGGUGGCCUCUCCCAACGUAUUCUCUUGACCACAGUUUCAAUUAUCGGCUUCUAUUCGUUUUUCUCAGUCAUCUCUCUCUGCCACAGUUUCAGAAUAUCUCUAUGAAUUCAAGAUCAAAGCUCUUCCAAGUCAAUUUUCUACAUGGGAAAGUUUCCAUUUUCACGAGAAACAAACAGAGUUCCAGGCCUUUUUGCUCUCCAGACUCCACUGCAACAACCCCAACCUCACAAUCUCUCAACAUCCCAUCUCUCUCAGAGCUCAUAUCAAAGCAACACUGGUCAGAGCUGAAGACCCAUCUCAAACUCAACCCCACAAGCUCCACCACACUUCUCCACCACUUGCUCAGCUCAGAGGCUGACCCAGAGCUCACUCUCAGGUACUUCAACUGGUCCCAGAAAGAGUUCAGACUCUCACACCCUCUCGAGCUCUCUUUUAGACUCUUGCACUCACUUGCCAAUGCCAAAAAGUACUCAAAGAUGAGAGCUUUAUUAGAUAGUUUUGUUAAAGUUGAGAACUUUCAUUCCAAUUCUUUGAUUUUACAUGUGGUUUCAAUGAGUGGCAAUAGUUUUUGUGCUAAUUCAAUGAUAGUUGAUAUGUUAGUGUUAGCGUAUGCGAGAAAUAGGAAGACCCAUUUGGGGUUGGAGGUGUUUAAGAGAGCUGGGGAUUAUGGGUUUAGGUUGUCUGUGUUUUCAUGUAAUCCAUUGUUAAGUGGUUUGGUGAAGGAGAGUGCAAUUGGGGAUGUGGAAUAUGUGUAUAAGGAGAUUAGGAGGAGGAAGAUUGAGCCUGAUGUGAUUACAUUUAAUGUUGUGGUUAAUGGGUUGUGUAAGGUUGGGAAGUUGAAUAAGGCUGGGGAUGUUAUUGAGGACAUGAAGGCGUGGGGGUUUUUGCCAAAUGUGGUUACGUAUAAUACUCUCAUUGAUGGGUAUUGCAAGAUGGGUAGGGUAGGAAAAAUGUAUAAGGCUGAAUCCAUUUUGAAGGACAUGGUGGCGAAUCAAGUUUGCCCGAAUGAGGUGACUUAUAAUAUUUUGAUUGACGGGUUUUGUAAGGAUGAGAAUGUUGCAGCUGCAAAAAAGGUGUUUGAGGAAAUGCAAAGGCAGGGUUUAAGAGCCAAUAUGAUCACGUAUAACUCAUUGAUUAAUGGCCUUUGUUGUGGUGGGCAGCUUGAUGAGGCUAUUAGUUUGCGGAAUGAAAUGUUGGGCUCGGGUGUGAAGCUGAAUGUUGUUACUUUUAAUGUGCUUAUAAAUGGGUUUUGUAAGAAGAAAAUGAUUAAGGAAGCUAGAGAGUUGUUUGAUGAUAUAAGGAAACAAGGGUUAGCUCCUAAUGCUAUAACGUAUAAUACAUUGAUUGAUGCUUGUUGUAAGAAUGGGAUAAUAGAGGAAGCCAUUGUGCUGCAAAGUUCAAUGUUAGAGAAGGGGAUUUUCCCUGAUGUUUCGACCUAUAAUUGCUUAAUUGCAGGUUUGUGUAGAAAGGGGGAUAUAGAAGCAGCCAGGAAACUUAUAACUGAUAUGGAGGGUAAGGGAUUGAGAGCUGAUCUUGUAACAUAUAAUAUAAUUAUAGAUGCACUGUGCAAGGAAGGGGAAUCAAGAAAGGCAGCAAGGCUCUUGAAUGAGAUAUUUAAGAUGGGUUUGAGCCCAAGUCACGUGACAUACAAUACUUUGAUGGAUGGCUAUUGUAUGGAAGGUAACCUCAAGGCAGCAGUGAAUGUAAAAACACGGAUGGAGAAGGAAGGGAGGCAGGCAAAUGUGGUAACCUACAACGUGUUGAUUAAAGGUUUUUGUAAGAAGGGCAAGCUGGAAGAUGCAAACAGGCUUCUUAAUGAGAUGCUAGAAAGAGGUUUGAACCCAAAUCGGACUACUUAUGAAGUAGUAAGAGAGGAAAUGAUGGAGAAAGGUUUUGUUCCAGAUAUAGAAGGGCAUCUAUAUAAUGUCUCUGUUGGAAAUUGAACAUUGAAUUGACAAAUGAAUUGUUAUCACUGUGACUGAUGUAUCAUGGGGCACACUGAUACAACAAAAUGGUAGAAUGCAACCUCACUGUCACAAGUUAUACAUAUCUAAAUUAUUUGUUAAGAUUGUUGCAGUUUUAGAAGACUAGACCACAGUACAUGUGCUUCAUUUUCCCCACAAGGAAUAUUUUCCCACACCAUUCAAGUUUUUGAGGACUUGUCAUGCCUGUCCAAUUCAGCUGAAAAAUGUCGGUAGCUGGUUAGGGAAGAGGCUUCAUCCCAAAGUGGGAAGUUUACAUUCUUGAACUGUUUAGACAUGGGCUCUGG